GGGAGGGAGGAAGAGAGGGAGCUGUGUGGAGGCUCAGUCUGUGCAGAGGAGCUCAUUUGAAGGGAACAGCCGCAGCCUGUGCAGAUACAGAAAUGCUUAUGCACUGACAUCAGCUGAGAUAAAGCGCAGCCACUCUAGAUUUGAGGACACCUCUCCUGCCGGCAAGGUGACACCCGGAGACGCUGUUUUCCUCCAGCCUCGGGCUAUUUUUACGCACACAAAGCGACUCUGUUUCUGGUUUUUUUUUCCUUUUGGGGGUUUCUUCGGGGACUGUGAGGAGUGCAGCUGGAGUUUGAGCGACUCCGGCUCGAUACUGUUCAUUUAGUCAAAGCCUCUCUGUGUUUAUUAUCGCUCUCCGUGGUGUUAUCUUGUGCACAGGGGAAGAAGAGGCGAUAAUUCUCCUGUUGUUGGAUCGCUGUCGUUUUCCAGAAGGAUGGUGUUGGACAAGGAGGAGAGUGUGUCUCUCGUGUCCCUCCAGUCCAGGGAGAAGCCGAGGGGCUGCGCCGGCUGCAACGGGAAGAUCCGAGACCGCUUCAUGCUGCAGGCUCUGGACAGGUACUGGCACGAGGACUGCCUGAAGUGCGCCUGCUGUGACUGCCACCUGGGCCGGAUGGGCUCCACCCUCUACACCCGGGCCAAUCUCAUCCUCUGCCGCAGAGACUACCUGAGGCUCUUCGGGGUGACGGGGAACUGUGCAGCCUGCAGUAAGAUGAUCCCUGCCUUUGAGAUGGUGAUGAGAGCCAGAGACAACGUGUACCAUUUAGACUGCUUCGCUUGUCAGCUCUGCCGCCAGAGAUUUUGCGUGGGAGACAAGUUUUUCCUCAAGAACAACAUGAUCCUGUGCCAGCUGGACUAUGAAGGAGGCCAUCUUAAUGGCAGCACCGAGAGGCAGCCUCAAUAAGAGAUCAGACCAGGACGCGACUGUGAGCCAGUUGGAUUGUGAACCUCACAGCAGCUUCCUUUUUCAGACUGAACCAUGUGUGGAAAUAACACUGAUGGGAGACAUUUCCAGCAGCCCAUGUUUGAACUCUCUAUUAUAGAGCUGCACGAAAAACUGUUGUUUCUGAUCAGACGGAACAGAGAUUCAACCAAGGAUGGAAAAAUGAAUCUUUGAGGAGGAUAUUUUCCAGAGCACUUAAUGUUGGACUGUGAUUGUUCUGCCUUUUUUUUUUUAAUUUCACAUUCAACAAAAAUAGAGUGAACUAGUGUUUGUAAAUAAUUAGUGGAGUCAGUUUCACCAAACCUGAAAUACUAGAUGGAUGGAGUGAAGCCAAUCAGGCCGCACAUAGCACCAACCAAGUCAUCCAUCAGAGAAAAAUACUAAGUUCCCAGUGAUUGUCAAAUCGUUCUGGCAGUGUCUGAACUGUCUUUCUGUGGUGAACCCCACCCAUCUGGCAUGAAGGAAGCCCCAGAAACAAACUGAAACAUAUUUGCAAACACUGAGGAGGAUCAGUUCUUUAUCUCUUUGCCUCUCGACUCUGAAGGCUUGAGCGGGACUUCAAACCCACUGUAGCUUUGUUUCCACUCUGAUCUCAAGCUGUUUUUUUUCUUUUUUCUUGACUAAUUAAACUGAAUUUUAAUUUCA